CCCUUCAGGUGCUUGGAAUGUGGGAAGAGCUUCAGGAAGAGCCCCGACCUGCUCCGACACCAGCACAUCCACACUGGGGAACGUCCCUAAAGGUGUGGAGAAUGUGGGAAGAGCUUCAGGACCAACUCCAACCUGAUCCGGCACCGUCGCAUCCACACUGGGGAACGGCCCUAUUCGUGUGCCGAAUGUGGGAAGAGCUUCAGGCAGAGCUCCCACCUGAUCCAACACCAGCAAAUCCACACUGGGAAACGGCCCUACAUGUGUGGGGAAUGUGGGAAGAGCUUCAGUAACAGCUCCAACCUUCUCAUCCACCAGCACAUCCACAGUGGAGAACAGCUCUACAUAUGUGGGGAAUGUGGCAAGAGCUUCAACCAAAACUCCAAGCUGAUCCGACACCAGCUCAUCCACACUGGGGAACGUCCCUACACGUGUGGGGAAUGUGUCGAGGGCUUCAACAAAAGCUCCAAGCUGAUCCGACACCAGCACAUCCACACUGGGGAACGUCCCUACACGUGUGGGGAAUGUGGGAAGAGCUUCAGGGACAGCUCCACCCUCCGCACCCACCAGUACCUACACACUGGGGAACGGCCCUAUACAUGCGGGCAAUGUGGGAAGAGCUUCACGAAGAGCUCCCACCUCCUCAUCCACCAGCGUAUCCACACUGGGGAACGGCUCUACAAGUGCUUGGAAUGUGGGAAGAGGUUUCA